UGUGUAAGGAUGACUUCCAAGCUGGCUAUUGCUCUCUUGGCAGCCUUCCUGCUUUCUGCAGCUCUGUGUAAAGCUGCCGUUCUGUCAAGAAUGAGUUCAGAACUUCGAUGCCAAUGCAUAAAUACACACUCCACACCUUUCCACCCCAAAUUUAUCAAAGAAUUGCGAGUGAUUGAGAGUGGACCACACUGUGAAAAUUCAGAAAUCAUUGUUAAACUUGUCAAUGGAAGAGAAGUCUGUUUAAACCCCAAGGAAAAGUGGGUACAGAAGGUUGUGCAGAUAUUUUUGAAGAGAGCUGAGAAGAAAGAUCCAUGAAAACAACAACAACCAAAAAUCCAUUUGUCCUUGGCUUCCAAG